CCGCAAAGUGAAGAUCUUUGAAAAUAAUGGAUCUUAAAGUUACUUGGAAUGCUUUCGCUUUGCAAAUUGCACUUUACUGUAUUUUGGUGUCAGAGAGUACGCAGUACCCACAAACCGAUGUACUACCUAGAGUUCAACAGGAAUCCAAUAAAACUUUAUACGAAUUGAGCAUAAAACUUCCUGAUAAUAAUUUUCGCGAUGAAAUUGGCAGUCUACAAGCAUCUGGAAGCUCUGAUGAACAACUAUCUGUAUCUGGAUUGAUACAAAUAAAUUUUAUGAAUCCGAAUGCAAUGGCGAACUGGAUAUACAACGCAGGCAAGAAUGGUUUCCGCGUUCGAUAUAGUUACAAGCAGUUAAAUGGUCCUCAACAAGGAUUGGGCAUUGUUUACACCACACCAUCGAGCACAAUUCUACCAAAGACAACGUAUCAGUAUACAAAACCCAAAGUGUAUGCAACUAGCAGACCGACGCCGCAAUCCUUGAGUCCACAAGCUUUAAAAUCUGCAGGUGGUUAAUGACGUGAAAAUGCCUCUAAAGAGAAUUAAAUUAUCUUAUGUAAUUUAUUUAAAGAACUAAAUUAUAACAAUAUUUUAUAGAAAACAGAAAAUGUGACCAAAAUGAUUAAGUUAAAAACAAGA